UGUUCUUUAGUUUUUAGGAUUAUAUUUUAGUUUCACCCUUCUAACAACGAAAUGGAAAGCAUAUUGGAAAAGCUUUUAGUAUCUGACAGCAAAUGUGUCCAAGAAGGUACCAUCGAGUUAAAAAAGGCUUUCUUAGACCCUUCAAGCAUAAGUGCAUUAUGCGAAUUAUUAGUUACUAGCCAAAGAGCCGAUAUUCGUCACAUAACAGUGGUGUUACUCAGAAGAAAAUUCUCCAAAAGACGAGUGUGGACUAAGUUGCCUCCUGAAACGAGAACAUUAAUAAAACAAGGCAUGAUAUCAGCUUUAGUAAAUGAAGCUGACAAAUCUGUGAAAACUGGAAUUGCGCAGCUUUUGGGACAAUUAGGAAAGUAUGAACUCUCUGAUGGUACUUGGCCCGAAUUUCUACAAUUUAUCUUCACUUUGUGUAGCAGUGAUAACAUAACAGACAGGGAGCUGGGAAUGUACACACUUUCUAUUACAACUGAAAUGUCUAAUGGAUCAUAUAUACCACAUUUCGAUUCAUUAGCAUCCUUAUUUGCAAACACAUUGAACGGACUUGAUGAUUUUUCAUCAAAUCUAGCCUAUAAUACCAUAAGGACGAUGAAACAUCUUGUACCUACAAUGGGAGCUCACCAACAAAUGAUCAACGUCUACCAUGAUUUACUUCCACGUUUGUUAGAGGUGAUGAAAGCACUUGCAUAUGUUGAUGAGCACAAAGGUACUGAAGCACUUGGGAUACUGGAGGAAUUGAUUGAUUAUGCUGUUAUAAUAGUUGUGCCACAUAUAAGAAAUGUUGUGGAAAUGUGCCUUAGAAUUGCUUGCGAUAGUUCACUUCCUAAUGGUGUUCAAGUUAAGGCUAUUAGUAUUGUCGGAUGGCUAGUGAAAUCUAAAGGAAAGGUUUUAGUCAAACACCAAUUGAUAACGCCCAUUAUUGAUGUUUUGAUGGAAUUAAUGUCUCAAUUAUCAGAGACCGAAGAAGAUGAGGAAUAUUUUGCAGGAGAUUCUGAUCAAUUGACACCAGUAACGGUAGCAACACAAACCUUGGAUCUGAUAGCGCUCAAUAUACCUGCAGAUAAAGUAGUUUAUUAUAUAUUGGAGAAAAUUGAACCAUACAUUCAAGGAAAUGACGCUAAUCGUAAAAAAGCUGCGUUUUUGUGUUUGGCUGUUUUGGCGGAAGGGUGUUCCGAGUGCAUCAGGAAGAAGUAUCUAGAAGCUUUCAUUAAUUGCGUCUGCGAAGCAAUAAAAGAUAAUAAUAGUCUGGUGAAAAAUGCCGCAUUUUUUGCCUUGGGUCAAUUUUCUGAACAUUUGCAGCCUGAAGUGAGUCAAUAUUCUGAAAAAUUAAUGCCUCUAUUGUUAGAUUUUCUGAACCAUGUUUAUAAUGAAAUGGAAAAAGAUAAGACUGAACCGAAUUGUUUGGAUAGACUGUUCUAUGCUAUUGGAACAUUUUGUGAGAAUUUACAUGAAGGUUUAUUACCAUAUCUUCCAAUUUUGAUGGAAAGACUCCUACAAGGAUUGAACCCUCAAGGAUGGUCUGUGGAACUUAAAAAAUCAUGUUUUAACUCACUCGAAGCUGCAGUUACUGCUGUGAAGCUUGGGAUAUUGCCUUAUUUUCCUAAAAUCAUCGAAAUUUUGAACCUCUACAUUAAUUCACAUCCAGACACAGACAAUUACGAACUUCGCAGUUAUGCUCUCGAUUGCCUGGCUGUUGUUGCCGAAGGUGUUGGAGAAGAGCACUUCAGACCUUUGGCCCAAGACUCUCUUCAGAUGGGAUUGAAAUUGAUAGACACACAUGAUCCAGAUGUGAGGAGAGCUGUAUUCGCUCUUUUCGGAUCCUUGUCUUGCAUAAUGAAAGAAGAGAUUGUCGGGGCAUUGCCCAAAAUUAUCGAGGAAAUGGUUAUUUCUUUGCAAAAUAGCGAUGGCAUAGUGACCUAUUAUGAUGAUGAAGAGAAAAAAUACGAAUGUGAUAUUUUUGGACAAACCAGUGAGUCAGAGGAAAAUUCCGAUGAAGAGGACAUCAGUUCUAAUACUAGCGAGGAAAUGGGACCACGACAUUACUCGGUGGAAAAUCCAUUUACUGAAGAAAAAGAACAGGCUUGUCUGACGUUGAAGGAAAUCUGUGAACAAACAAAUAGAGCAUUUUUGCCAUAUAUAGAAAAAUGUUUCGAAGAGGUCUUCAAACUUACAGACUAUCCCAGGGAUCACAUUAGAAAAGCUGCAAUAGACACAAUACUACAAUUUUGUAUUACUCUGUACAAAAUCGAUAUAAGUGAAACCACACAGGCAUUGUAUAAAGUAUUGCAAUAUUUCAUUCCCAAAUGCGCGGAAAUAAUAAGAACUGAUGAGGAAAAAGGAGUGGUUAUGGCUGGGCUCGAUGCCUACUCUGCUUUACUGAAAGAGAUUAAAUGCGAUGCAUUUGUCGGUGAAGGACAUCGUGAAGCCAUAAUGAAUUGCAUCAUAGACGUUCUGACACAUAAGACAGUUUGUCAAGACGAUGAUUUAAGUGUGAUCAACAGUUUCGAGGGAAUUGAAGAGAGUACAGAUGCCGAGCAAGAUGAAUUAUUGUUGGAAUCCGCUUGUGAUAUUAUCCCCAAAUAUGGAAAAGCUAUAAAUCCCGAUGAUUUUGCCCUAUAUUUUCCCAAUAUGCUCCAGUUGCUCACCAUAAGAACAUUGAAGCAAAACAGUAUAGCGCAAAGGUCCUUCGCAUUUGGUACUUUGGCAGAGUGUAUGUCGUGCUUGGGCAUAUAUGUCGAGAAAUUUGUGCCACAAUUGCUGCAGCUCUGGAAAGCUGGAAUAAGAGAUCGUGCGGACGAAGUGAGGAAUAACGCUGUUUUCGGGCUGGGUGAGAUGAUAUUGCACGGAAAAGAUAAGAUAUUCAAUUAUUAUCCAGAUAUUCUGCAAACCCUUUCUUCACUUGUCAGUAAAGAACCUCAUGAAGGAACCUUGGAUAAUAUUUGCGGUGCCAUAGCAAAAAUGAUUAUGGUCAAUCCUAGCGGACUCCCAUUGGAUCAAGUGUUUCCCGUUUACUUGGAUCGCUUGCCUUUGAGAGCUGACUUUGAAGAGAAUGAGGCAGUUAUAAAAUCCUUCUUUGUGCUUUACCAAAGUGGUUCAGAUAUCUUGAAAAUAAAUAUAGCAAAAGUAUCUCGUGUCCUCAUUCAUAUUUAUAUACAACAAGAAACUCCCAAUGAUGAGACUAAAAUCAUAUUGAUAAAACUUCUCAGAUCGAUACAAAGCACAUUCACCACAGACUUCAAUGCUGUUGUUUCAGAACUUGACCAGGAAAAAAUUGGGGUGUUGCAUCAGGUUUUUGAGUGAAUCAUUCGAAUCUAUUGCUGCUCCUCAGAACACUUUAAUGAUAUUUAUUCGUUAUUCUGUAUUUAAUAUUUCACUGAAAUUAUUUUUUGAUAACUUUAUGUUGUGUUGUCUAUCAAAUGAAUUUUGUUGUUUGUAACACAUGUUAGUAUUUUUAUUAAAGAAUUUAUUAGCAGUAUAAUGCUUCAAAUAGGAA